UUCUCCCUCUGCCCCUCCACCUCCCUCCCCUUCCCUCCCUCCCUCUUCCCUCUGUCCCUCCAACCCUUCCCCAGGUUCCUUUUCUCCCUCCACCCUCCUCCCUCCCUCUUCCCUCCGCCCCUCCCCCUCCAUCCCCGGGCCUCUCUCUUACGCUCUCAGACGGCACUCGCGGGCAGGGAGUCAUGCGCGGUCUCUCCGGGCGCGCGGCGCUGCGGGGGCUGAUGUGCCGCACGCGGGCCCCGGUCGCAAGCCUGCUUGCGCGCUCCAGCUCUGGAGGACCCUCCUGGACCCUGGAGCGGACGCUGGUUGCGGUGAAGCCAGACGGGGUGCAGCGGAGGCUUGUUGGGGAUGUGAUCCAGCGCUUUGAGAGGAGGGGCUUCAAGCUGGUGGGGAUGAAGAUGCUGCAGGCACCAGAGAGCAUCCUUGCUGAGCACUACCACGACCUGCAGAGGAAGCCCUUCUACCCAGCCCUCAUCAGCUACAUGAGCUCCGGCCCGGUGGUGGCCAUGGUCUGGGAAGGCCCCAAUGUGGUCUGCACCUCGAGGGCCAUGAUAGGACACACCAACUCGGCUGAGGCCGCCCCUGGCACCAUCCGGGGAGACUUAAGCAUCCACAUCAGCAGGAACGUCAUCCACGCCAGCGACUCCGUGGAGGGGGCCCAGAGGGAGAUCCAGCUGUGGUUCCAGAGCAGUGAGCUGGUGGACUGGGCAGACGAAGGCCACCACAGCAGCAUCUAUCCAGCCUGAGCACACAGGGUGCCCUCGGUCACCCCAGCAUCCACCCAGGACCAACUACCUCUGUCGACAAGACCUUGAGCCCACACCCAUGCUCUGCCCAUCUGUCCCAGACCCACCCGCCUGUCCACCUGCUGCGCCAACCCCAGCCCAGAGGGGUUGAGCCACCAACUUUAUGUGCCUUUUAGUAUUAUCCGAAGCAAGCAAGAGAUUGGACAAAAUCCUUUCUGUACCAAAGUGCCAGACAAGCUUUGGGGUGCCUCCAAAAGCUGGUAGUGUGACCUCCCUUCCCCCAAAGUGGGAACAUUAAAAUUCACUGUGCUGUG